UAAGCUCUUCAAACUCAUCGUAUCUCCACCACCCAAUCAACAAGCUAAGACCCAAAACGAACGACACAAGUCACACAUGAUGGCCCAUUAACGAGAGAAGAGAACCAACCAUGCUAGCCUCAACCGGAGAGGAUGAACCGGACGCGGUCACCGGACCAGAUCCUCCGCCAACAGAAGCAGCCACUCCAAGAGUGCUGACUAUAAUCUCCCAUGUGAUAGAGAAGCUCGUCGCAAGGAAUGAGUGGUUGGCUAAGCAAACUAAGGGAUUCGGGAAAAGCUUGGAGGCGUUUCACGGCGUGAGAGCACCAAGCAUAAGUAUAGCCAAGUACCUUGAGAGGAUAUAUAAGUACACAAAAUGUAGCCCGGCGUGUUUCGUGGUCGGGUAUGUGUACAUAGACCGGUUGGCUCACAAGCAUCCUGGUUCUUUUGUUGUCUCCAUGAAUGUUCAUAGACUUCUUGUCACUUGUGUCAUGAUUGCUUCCAAGAUCCUAGACGACGUGCACUACAACAACGAAUUCUACGCUCGAGUUGGAGGGGUGAGCAACACGGACUUAAACAAAAUGGAAUUGGAGCUUCUCUUCCUCCUUGACUUCAGGGUUACAGUGAGUUUUAGAGCUUUUGAGAGCUAUUGCUUUCACCUUGAGAAGGAGAUGCUACUAAAUGGUGAUGUUUCUUCCCUCCAUGAUAGUAGACCAAUGCAAGAGACUCUCUCUACUGCAUCUUCUCUAUAUGUUUAACGUUUAGUAUAUAAAUUUUUACUCGUCUCUUAACUGUACGCGUUUGGUUGACAGAAAAAGUUUAUCAACUGAUAUUUGAAUCAUAAAAUUUAUAUUCCUUGAAAA